AUGAGUUCCACGACGCCUAUUCAUCGAUUUUUUGCUAUCUGUUCUGGUAGUUAAUGCUUAUGGCUACCUCUCCUCCAAUUCCACACAUGGCCUGCAAAUCUCUCGCUUCACACACAUUUUGUAUCUCUCACGCUUUCUCUUCAAUCUGCAAUGCUUCCAUGUUUUCCCCCACGAGGUUCCUAACGCCACCUACAUUUCGUUCGAUGACCUUCGCCUUUCGUUCUGUAUCGGUCACCAGCAGCAGUUUCACUUGGGAAGACGCUGUCCACAUUUCCUUGCCAGAAAGCUUUCAGGAUGAUCCCUCAGAUCUUACAGGCUAUUUCGAGAAGGUCAAGCUCUGCAAUCGCGGAUCAGAUAUGCAAUCCGAAUUUCUUCCGUUUGUCAUCGAUGACCUAAUUCUUGGUUAUGUGCACCACGGUUUCGGUAGACACCUGAAGAAGUAUGCCAAUGUGUUUACAUUCCCCCGAGAUGAUUCUGUUGAAUUUGGCGCUUGUUUAACAUUGCAUGAAUCGCUAAAGACACCGGAAGAUAGGACGCAUGCAGUUGGAGAUGUAGUCAAAUGCUUGGGUGAAGAAGUUAUUCCUGGUACAAGGAAUGAGCUGUACCCUGUGACUUCAUCCUUUGGUGGGCCGGUUUUUUUCUCGCUUGAACGUGCAGCAGCUCCUUAUUUUGGAAUAAAGGUUUAUGGAGUUCAGAUGAAUGGUUAUGUUGAAAAGGAUGGGAAGAAAUUUUUGUGGAUAGCAAAAAGAAGUCAAAUGAAGCAAACAUUUCCUGGAAUGCUGGAUGAAUUAGUAGCUGGAGGGCUGCCUCAGGGCAUCCCCUGCGGAGAGAAUCUGAUGAAGGAAUGUGAGGAGGAAGCAGGCAUACCAAGAUCAAUAUCAAAUAAGGCCAUGCCAGUUGGUGCCGUUUCAUAUUCAGACAUCAAGGAUUAUAGUUACAAGAGAGAUGUUCUAUUUUGUUACGAUCUAAAGCUUCCUGAAAAUUUUAUACCGAAGAAUCAAGAUGGGGAGGUUGAAGGAUUCAGGUUGUUGCCUGUGACAAAUGUUGCAAAUGUGAUUCGGAGGACACAGUUAUUCAAGCAUAAUUGUGCUCUUGUCAUCAUUGAUUUCCUAUUUCGACAUGGGUACAUCAUACCCGAAAGUUUAGGGUACUUGGAGCUCUUGCAAAGUUUGAAGAGUGGAACCUGCUUCUAAAUAAAAUCAUCCGCCUUAUUAUAAAUGUGAAAACUAUGGUCAUUCUCCAAGACGAGUAUAGUUCAAUUGACAUUCGAGUGUAUUAGAAACCACGAGUUUCAUGGUUCGAAUCUCCCUACUUCAAUUGUUGUACUAAAAAAAACCUGUGGUCAGUCUUAUUGAAAAAUCGAGGAUGGUUUAUAUUGUUUAUUAGUUUGUCGGAAUUUGCUCAUUCAGGCUCUAUCAAUGUAUUUGGGCAUAGAAUAAGGUUUUCAUUUUUUUUAAAAAAAGUUAUUUUUGUUA